AGAACCCUAACGAGCCUCCAGCACUGUUGCGCUCAUUUCCCUAUCAGAGCCUCACAAUCACCGGCCCUCAAAGUACACUCUCUCUGUCUCACUCUCACUGUCUCUCUAUCUCUCAAUGUACUGAUUAAUCCUAACCUAUAUGAGUUGGCUUUGAAGGAAGAAGAUAAAAUGAAGGUUAUAGCUGCAUACUUGCUCGCUGUUUUGGCAGGGAACACCAGCCCUUCAGCUGUUGAUUUGAAGGACAUUCUUGGAUCCGUUGGAGCUGAAGCUGAUGAUGAUAAGAUCGAGUUGCUCUUGUCCGAAGUCAAGGGUAAAGAUAUUACUGAACUAAUUGCAUCUGGAAGAGAGAAAUUGGCAUCCGUGCCUUCUGGUGGUGGUGGUGCUGUUGCAUUUGCGGCAACAGGUGGUGGUGGUGGUGCUGCCCCUGCUCCUUCUGCAGUAGAGCCAAAGAAAGAGGAAAAAGUGGAAGAGAAAGAGGAGUCAGAUGAUGAUAUGGGGUUCAGUCUCUUUGAUUGAGGAAGUAGGAUAUCAUCUAAUGUACCAAGAAUUGGAAGAACUCACCAAAUCUUGUUUCUACAGGCCAUUAUUUUUCUUUUUGUUGGUUCUCUUUUAAGACUGGAAAGUUGAUAAUUAUGCAAAAAUCUUAUUAAACCCA